GGCAUUUUCGUCUGUUCAGCCGCGUAGCACAUAUGAGGCUGUAUUCCGCCUGCCAAGGCAGAUUUUACCUUGUACAAGUAAGUUGCCGCUCUGUAUGAACUCAGCACAUACUUCAUACUUCUCCUUCCCUGCUUACAGCUCUUUGUAGCUUCGGUCUGCUCUCUCCCUGCCACAACACAUUGAGAAAAGUACGAUGACGUAAUCACCACUUACCUCCAUCUUAUCUCCGUAGAGAAGAAACUUCUGCUUCUCAAAUAGCUCUUCUCUUCAUACAGAUCAACCAUCAAAAAAACAACCCAACACAUAAAUCAUGGCAUCUAAAGAAACUUACUCCCUCGGCUACAGCCCUGCAGUGGUAAAUCGGCACUCCCUCCGUCGCGCCUCGACCUGUUGCGCCUACUUCCUACCUCACCUGACUCCCACGUCGCACAUCCUAGAUCUCGGCUGUGGCCCCGGCUCAAUCACAACCGAUAUUGCGGCCCUCAUUCCUCAGGGUUCAAUUAUCGGUCUCGAUGCUGGAGAAUCGGUCAUUGAGCUCGCUAAUACAAAAGCCGAAGAGCUGGGACUGAACAAUUGUUCAUUCCAGAUUGGCGAUGUGAUGAAAUUGCCUUUCGAGGACGAGACAUUUGAUGUAGUGUAUACGCAUCAGCUACUUAUUCAUUUACCCGAUCCGGUUGGUGCGAUCAAGGAGAUGAGGAGAGUUUGUAAGAUGGGGGGACUUGUGGCUUGUAGGGAGAGUGACAUGGGGGAUGCUGUGUUUUAUCCUUCUACUUCUGGACUGAAGAGAUCUGUUGAGAUUAUGGAAGCGAUGAUCAGAGAGAAAGGAUCAGAGCCACACGCUGGGAAGUUUUUGGGGAAGUGGGCUGGAGAAGCGGGGUUUGGAAACGAGAACGUGGUGGAAAGUUACAGUUAUCUGAUGCAACCGAGUUGGAAGAACUCGUUAAUGACUGGUGAUAUUGGCGAAAACGCGGUUCGGCUAGGUGUUGUGGACAGUAAUGAGAAAAUCAAAGAAAUGAUCGAGGAGUGGGAUGUUUGGGAGAAAACGGAGGGAUGCUGGUGGAAGACUGGCUGUGGUGAGGUAGUCUGUUGGAAAAAGUGAAUGGAGACAUGGUAACCA